CUUAACCCCGCCACUGCACAACCCACCAUGACAGUUAAUUUUGACACCUCUUCUGUCAAACAACCGUCAAAAAAAGCGUGUUUAAUCAUUAAAAUCCUUAAAAAAACGCCCAGUUUUUUAACAAAAUGAAACCCCUUCUACUCCACGGCCACGAACGUGCCAUCACCCAAAUCAAGUACAACCGUGAGGGCGACCUCCUCUUCUCCUCCUCAAAGGACAACAAACCCAACGUUUGGUACUCCCUUAAUGGCGAGAGGUUGGGAACCUUCAACGGCCACCAGGGGGCUGUCUGGUGCAUCGACGUCGACUGGACCACCACUAGGUUCCUGUCAGGUGCCGGUGACAACACCCUUAAAGUAUGGGACUGUGAAACGGGCAAAGAAAUCGGGAACAUCUCAACCAAUUCAUCAGUCCGAACGUGUCUGUUUAGCUACUCGGGCAACAUGGCAGUGUACACCACCGACAAAGCCCUCAAACACAACUGCGAGAUCUUCAUUAUUGACGUCCGUAACGUGGACGAAAGCAUCUCGCACGCCGACCCCAUUUUACGCAUCCCGAUUAAAGGUUCCCGUGUUUCGUCAAUCCUAUGGGAUAACCUGGACGAAACUAUAAUAACCGGGCACGAAAACGGGGAUUUGAUCAAGUGGGACUUGAAGUCAGGCAAAGAGAUCAGUUCAACACGUGAACACGAACAUUUAAUCAACGAUAUGCAGUGGAAUAAAGACGGGACAAUGUUUGUGACAGCGUCCAAAGACCACACAGCUAAACUGUUCGACGCUGCUGAUUUGAUGUUACUGAAGACUUACAAGACAGAACGGCCGGUUAAUUCAGCUGCCAUUAGCCCCAUUUUUGAGCAUGUGGUUGUGGGCGGAGGGCAAGAUGCCAUGGAUGUGACAACCACGUCGGCAAGGGUUGGGAAAUUUGACUCGAGGUUUUUCCAUAUGGUGUUUGAAGAAGAGUUUGGGAGGGUUAAAGGGCAUUUUGGGCCGAUUAAUAGUGUGGCGUUUCAUCCAGAUGGCAAGAGUUAUAGUUCAGGAGGUGAAGAUGGUUAUGUGAGAGUGCAUAAUUUCGAUUCGUCAUAUUUUGAGUAUAAUUUCGAUUAUUAAAUGGAUAGCUGGUAUUAAUAAAUUUUUUAAUAAAACA